AUGAGGCACGUGUUGUGUGUGUUGGUUCUCUCAUUCUGUUGUGUCUGCGGAUGUGUGCUGGCUACAGGAGAAGUUGAAGGUUUAAAGACCGGGGUUGCUGGUGGUGAUGAAGUUUGUCCUUCAAAGAAUACUGGUUCCAAGUGUGAAAAUAAACCUAAGCAACCUGAAGAUUCUCCUGAGUGUCUGGAACCUGAGAAGGAGAAAUGCAGUACUGAGGAUGGUGGGAGUGAAGAAAAUUGCCGUAAAGCUUCUGAAACUCCUUGUCCACAACCACCAGAACCAGCUCCAACUACAAAGGAACCUAAUCGCUCUGGUGGAGAGCCUGGUGUUGUUGGUCCUGGUGCUGCUAUUAUUCCCAACAGUGAUAGUGAAGCGGGAGAGAACCAAGAGAAACUGGGUGGAAAAGUGGAACUUGAUGCCGCAGGUCAAAAACCACUCGCACAGAUUCCAGCAACAUCUACCGCAACCCCACGGCCGGUGAAUGGUGAAGAACGUGAUCCUGUUCUUCAAGGGACUGAUGAUACUGGAACCGGUGUCCAACGUCCUAUUGGUGGUAGUGAUGGCUCUGCUCAUCCUCCUGCUGCUUCUCCUAUUGCUGCUGGUGCUGCUGUGGAAGGGAGUAACGGUUCGUCUCCAUCUGGAGGUCAAACUGGAGCCAACGUCAACAAUCCAGCAGGUGAAGGUGCAGUCAACGCGGAGAGUACAGCGGCAGUACAACCCACUUCUCCUUCUCCCGAAUCUUCAGACACAGAGACUGCCAAUGGUUCUGGUACUGCAAACGAUGGGGGUAGCAGUACAUCUCCAGAGAGUGAGCCAUCCAAUAACCCAAGUGAUGAGGAAUCAACAACUACUUCUACGACCACUACUACCAAUAUAAUUCCUCCUGUCCCUGGAAUCAACAAUAACAACAUAAUGCCAAAUGUGAAGGGUGAUGCAGACAGCAGCAGCAGUAUCAGCAGUUCUGUGUGGGUGCGUGUGCUACUACUGAUUGUGGUUACACUGGCCUGUAUUCUUGUGUGCUGA